AUGGCCAUCCUCGCCCUCUUACGAACAACCUCCGGCGAACGGUGGUGCACAACCUUCUUCAUCAUGCCGCACGACGCGGCUUGGGCCUCUGGCGCCCUCUUGCACAUCACAGGAGGCGCUGCUGGCGCAUGUGCACCAGGGCCGCGCUGGAGAUCCAAAGAUAUGUUUAUGCCGCUUUUUCUUCUUCUAGUGAUGCCAUCGCUGCCAUCACUGCGGGCGCUAGAGGAGGCCGACUUGACGAACAAGUGGGUGCGCCGCUUGCUGGCGACUCACGAGCGGGCUGGCACUGCAGUCGCAGCUGCCGAUGACCUGAAGCCGGCGGUGUUCAUCGCCCGCAUGCCCGCGCAGGAGCGCUCAUCUUGGUAG